UCAGAAUAUAAAUAUUCCCCCAAAUUAAAUUAAACCACCUCAAUUCAUAAUUACCUUUGAAUUAUUUUGUCCCACCCAAGUAAUUAGUACGUAAUUAAAAUUAAACAUAGCUCGAAAUGGGCUAUUUUCUGUGCCAAGCUGGCAAGUGGCAUUUGUUUUUAUUCGUAAUGAUGAUAAUAUCCUUGCCGGUGAAAUGUAGCCCACCGGAGGAUCCCAUCAAGUGCACCAAUGGGACCAAAAAUUGCACCAUCACCAACUCCUACGGCGCAUUCCCCGACCGCCGCAUAUGCCGAGCGGCCGAGGUCGCGUACCCGACGACGGAGGAUGAACUCGUCGCCAUUGUCGCCGGCGCUUCAAAAGAGAACCGGAAAAUGAAGGUGGUGACUCGCUUCUCCCAUAGCAUUCCUAAACUCGUCUGCCCCGAUGACGACGACGGCGAUGGCGGCGAUACCGGUUCUCUACUCAUUAGCACAAAGUACCUUAACCGGACGUUAAAGAUUGACAACAGGAGCAUGACCGUGACGGUAGAGAGCGGAGUGACCCUCCGGCAACUUAUCGAGGAGGCGGCGAAGGCGGGUUUGGCGGUGACAAGCGCGCCGUACUGGUGGGGGUUGACGGUGGGAGGUAUGAUGGGUACAGGAGCACAUGGUAGCUCGUUAUGGGGCUUGGGAAGUUCCGUUCACGAUUACGUUGCCGGAAUUCGGAUUGUCACCCCGGCAUUGCCGGAAAAUGGUUAUGCUUCUGUGCGGCAACUCGGAGAAGGUGACCCUGAUAUCAAUGCAGCUAGGAUCUCCCUAGGGGUACUUGGAGUCAUUUCGCAGGUGACUCUAAAGCUCGAACCCAUGUUUAAGCGGUCCAUGAGCUUGGUGGAGGAGGAGGACACAAACUUGGGGGAUGAAGCGGCUACAUUUGGGACCCGACACGAAUUUGGCGACAUGUCUUGGCUCCCGGGCGAGGGAAGAGUCGUGUAUCGCGUUGAUGAUCGCGUCCCUAUAGACACGCCUGGUGAUGGCCGC